AUGUUCAAUGAACUUAUCCAGGCCGCAGAACCUUUUUUAAACGCGGCGCAAGAAACGCUACCCGAGAAUGCAUCCGUCGAAGUAGAAGUAUUCAACCAAUUACCUCCAAUAGAAGUAGACACUAGAUUGGUUGUACCGGCCAAUACGAAUCUACGAAAUAUUGUGAGAACCGGGACAAUAUCAUUUUCUGUAGCACCAACCACGGAAGAAAGUGGCCAGGGGCCUUUAUUCGCCCAAAGAGAGGACUGGGGAGGCCAGUCGGAGAGCACGGAGGAUUCAUUCGAGGUCGGAGUUCUAUUAGAGCCUUGGCCCGUGAACCACAAUGUUGGUUUGGAAUCUUCGAUGAUCAAUCAAAUACGGGCCAUGGAAAAUGCUAAUAGCCCAUUUCUCCUUGAUAAAGAAAAAAGGGUCUAUUGGUCGGAGAUCAAGGAGGCUCUCGACAAUUGUUCCUCGCAGAAAGACUAUAAUAGAUUUGUAGAGUUCGCAAAUAGAGAUCAUCAGAUCCGGGAGCGGAAACAGGACACUUAUGGCAUUUUUGAAGAAAUGCUUGCCCAAAAUCCUACCUUGGCAGAAAAUGCAGCCUACAACCCCCACGAAUGUUUUAUAGACUUUCUCAAUGAGAUGAGAGAAGAACUUGACGAAGAGGGGGGCGAUGUAUUAGUGAGAGACCAAAAGGAAAUGGCCUUUUUACAUGGCCUUGGCCAGGAUCUACGAAGGGCUGGCUCAAACUCGUCCUAUAUAAAACGAAUACUCGGGACAGGCUGA